UAAAGGAAGAUAAACAAAUUAGCAAUGCAGCGUAAAGCGAAACUGUCUAGAACAAGGGAGGAGCAGUCGGACGAUGAGAACUUUGAGCCAAAGACAAAAAAGAUCAAACGCGACUGGCUUAAUAGCUAUUGCUAUUCCAACAAGGUCAUGGGCAUGAUGAAGAAAAUGGGCUACGAGGAUGACAAGGGUCUGGGCAAGAGCAAUCAGGGUCGUCUUGAGCCCGUCAUUGCUGUGCAGCAGGACGGACGGCGCGGAUUUGGUCUUAAACUAAACACCGUCCAUUGGACAGCGGGCAAGUGGGAUCCAAGUCUAGAGAAUUUGGAAAUACCGGAGCCAGUUAAUUGGCUUGAUCAAAAGGGUGACAAUUGUGGCUCCUAUACACUGGAACAGCUAAUGAUGCAUAUGGUAACCGGACCACGCAAACUCACCCUCGACGAUGAGACAAAAUUCUGCGAUCCCGAGAUCUUGGAGCACAUACUCAGCGCCAAGUCCUUCUUCGACGGCUUGAACGAUACUGAAAUGCGGCGGGCCCGCUCGCGCAGCAAUCCCUUCGAGAUGAUACGCAGCUCCAUCUUUCUAAACCGAGCCGCCGUCAAGAUGGCCAACAUGGAUUCCAUAUGCGAAUAUAUGUUCACCGAGCCCAGAGAUGAGCAUGGCAAUUCGCUAAUCGGCAGCAAUGAGCUGCUCUACUUCGCGGACAUGUGCGCGGGACCUGGCGGCUUCUCUGAGUACGUGCUUUUUCGGAAAUCGUGGGAGGCGCGAGGAUUCGGAUUUACGCUGCGCGGCACAAAUGACUUUAAGCUGGACAAGUUCUUUGCCGCCUCGCCGGAAUCGUUCGAUGCGUUCUAUGGCGACAAGGAUGACGGCAACAUAUUCGACACAAGCAACCAGGAUUCGCUGAAUGACUAUAUACGCAAGCACACACCGCAUGGCGUCCACUUUGCCAUGGCCGACGGCGGCUUCUCGGUCGAGGGGCAGGAGAACAUUCAAGAGAUACUCUCCAAGCAGCUGUAUCUAUGCCAGUUCAACACGGCCCUCAAGAUCGUGCGCGUCAAUGGCAGCUUUGUGUGCAAGCUGUUCGACCUGUUCACGUCAUUCAGCGUUAGCCUCGUUUACUUGAUGUACAAGUGCUUCCAGAAGAUAACAAUCAUUAAGCCAAACAGCAGCCGGCCAGCCAAUUCGGAGCGCUAUAUCGUCUGCAAGUACAAGCUGCCCGGCACGGAGGCCAUCAUUAGCUACUUGGACAAUGUGAAUCAGUUGCUGAACGAGGCGACCGAGCAGCAGCAGCAGCACAAGGAAGAUGUGCUGGAUGUGGUUGAGCUGUACAAUCACGACGAAAUGAUGAAGGAUGAACACUUCAUGCAAUACAUCGUCAAUUCGAACAAUGCGAUUGGCAAUAAGCAGAUUAUCGGGUUGCGGAAGAUUGCGUCGUUCGUACAGAAUCUGGAGUUGAAGGAGACGCGCCAGUCGGAGGUGCGGCAGAAGUGCCUCAAGUGCUGGGCAUUGCCCGACAAGCUGCGCCAGGCGCCAGAGGUGAAGCCGACGGAACGCUUCCUGGAGGAGCUGUUGGGCGAUUGGGCCGCCAAUCGCUCGUGGAUGCAUCAAACGGCCAAUGAGCAGAUGUCCGUGACGCAGCUGCAGAGAGAAAUCGCGAAUGUGAACGAUUGGCAUUUCAUGCCCAUCGGACGUGGCGAGAGCAAUAUCAAUGGCUGCACCCUCUUCCUGUGCAAGUCGCGUGGCAUUCUGUGGCGCUACACGGACCAUCGCAAAUGGGAGCAGGUGGAAACCAGUUUCAAUGUCCAGCCACGCUCCAUAUUCUUCGGCGAGAUUGUGUUCGAGUAUAGCGGCAAGGGACGCACGUCACAGAGUGUCUCAGCGCUCCACAUCAUGGACGCCAUCUGCUUGGGCGGCAUCGAAAUACGACGACGAGCGUUCCAUGAGCGCGUCAGCAUGUGCGAGAAGUUCGCGAGAAGUUUGAACAAGCCGCACAAGAAGGAGCGGACGUGCGGUGCCAUACGCUGCAAGCCGCUCUUCCGGCUCCAGGACAUGAGCCAGUUCUUUGACCAGAUGCGUCCCUAUUUGCUCAAGGACAACUCACAGCGUUUGGGCUACAUGUUAGACGACCACAAGUUCUUUGUGCCCGGCGGGAUUAUGAUCUUUUGCGAACUGACGCCCAACUUUGUGACAGCCCACUCGAGGUCCCGUCAGCAGGUCUACUAUUUCAAUACCAACACGAACGAGUCGCUGUACAAGGAGCAAAUCCUUCCGCAACGCUUCAAUGAGAUCUUCGCCUCAUUUCGCCAAAGCUACAUAAAUCGCAAGUUGUGGAAAUGGACGAGCACGCUACAGGUGGACGCGAGUGCCACCGAGAAGCAUCCCAAGAUACUAUACCGCAGCCAUUUCGAGCAGUUCAUCCGUAUGAAACUGACCUCCAACCCCAAUCAACUCAGAAGCUAAGUUCGAAUCUGGCUUGGAAUUCGAUUUUAUGGAUUUUUUUUAAACAGCAAACGAAA